AUGCAUCCCACGAACACCCGGUCCGUCGGCCUACUCACAGCCGCUACCCAGCAGCAUGAAUAUUCUAUACGGAACCCGACAUCGCCGCUGGGGACCGGAAGCGGUACGGUGGAUAACGCCCUUGAUAUCAGCAUAAUCGUGUUCAUGUCCAUCGCUCUAUAUAAUGCCCUCGAACUGGCGAUUCUUAUCCCACUGUCUUUCCGCCGAUACAGCAGCCUCUACUUCUGGUCUCUGUUGACAUCAGCUAUCCUCGGCGUGAUUCCCUCCGCCAUUUCAGGGGUCUUGCAGUAUUUCAAUCUGCAGCCAUUGUGGCUUACCCUGGUCAUGCAGAAUGCUGCAUGGAUCUUGAUGGUGCCGAACCAAUCUGUGGUGCUCUACUCGCGACUACACCUGGUGUCGCAAAGUACAGCGAUAUUGGGCUUCGUGCGAGGGUUGAUCAUUCUGAGUUUAAUUGCUAUUGUUGUGCCAACCAUCGUGUUGAAUGUGGGGUGGUCCUAUAUGCCGCAGACCCCCGCCUGGGUGAAUGGGUACGCCGCUAUCGAACGUAUCCAAGUGACUUGGUUUACAGCACAAGAGUGCUUUAUUUCGGGAGUGUAUAUCUGGGAAACCAUCCGGAUGUUACGGAUCAUUCCUAGUGGCGACAAGCGACGACACAAGAUAUUGUAUGAGCUGCUGGCCGUCAACAUAGUGGUCAUUAUCAUGGACCUAGCGCUGACAAUUCUCCAAUAUCUGAACUACUAUUUCUCACAGGUGAUUUUGAAAGCGACGGUCUAUAGUGUCAAGUUGAAGUUGGAGUUUGCAGUGCUGGGUAUGCUGGUUUCGUUCGUGCAUUCGCGGGGCUCAGAGGUGUCGUUCUGGGGGGUCGACCAUUCAAUGUCGAAUAUUCCUAGCACUAGCACAAGGUUUGUUGAGGAAGGAUGUAUGCGACAAGAAGGAAGUAAUAGUUGCCCAGGGAAGCCAGGGCCACAUUGA